GGUCAACCCAACCCCCCCAACCCCACCACCGGCUGCACCCGCAGCAAUGAGGGACCGCCUGCAGGACCUGAGGGAGUUCAAUGAAAAUAAUGAUGAGGAAGCAACGGUCACUGUGGAACAUGACCAUUUUAUGGAGGAUUUCUUCCACCAGGUGGAGGAAAUCCGGUUGUUAAUUGACAAAAUUGGGGAAAAUGUAGAAGACGUGAAGAAGAAGCACAGCAUCAUUCUGUCGGCACCAAACCCGGAAGGAAAAACCAAAGAAGAACUUGAAGAGUUGACCCUUGCGAUCAGGAAAGAUGCCAACAAAGUCCAAACAAUGCUGAAAGCUAUGGAGCGAGAGUGUAAAGAUGAGGGUGAAAACCAAGGCUCAGUGAAUCUGCGAAUAAGGAAAACCCAGCAUUCAACUCUGUCUCGGAAAUUUGCCAGUGUGAUGACUGAAUACAAUGAGACGCAGAUACUCUUCCGGGACCGAAGCAAAGGGCGGAUCCAGAGACAGCUGGAGAUCACUGGGAAGACAACCACUGAUGACGAACUUGAGGAAAUGCUGGAAAGUGGGAACCCGGCGAUUUUCACAUCUGACAUCAUCUCCGACUCCCAGAUCACAAGACAGGCUCUAAACGAGAUCGAAUCUCGCCACAAAGACAUCAUGAAGCUGGAGGUCAGCAUCCGGGAGCUGCACGAGAUGUUCAUGGACAUGGCUAUGUUGGUGGAGCAUCAGGGUGAAAUGAUCAACAACAUUGAGACGAAUGUGGUGAAUGCAGCCGAAUACGUGGGCCGGGCCAAGGAAGAGACGAAAAAAGCUGUGAGAUACCAGAGCAAAGCUCGUCGAAAAAUGUUCAUCAUAUUGAUCUGCGUUGCGAUCUUGCUGAUUAUUGUCGCCAUUAUCAUCGGCGUGACUGUGCCUUCGUAGCCGUCUCUGUGAUUCCGUGGCUGUGAUCAUUCCACUUGGACCUCUGUCCCUCCCGAAGCUCCUGCCCUGGUCUCUGUGGCUGCCUGAACCUUACGAUGUCAACAUCCUGAACCUCCUGUUCAUAGUGACAACGAUCAUUGCACGAGCAGCAGAGACUUGUGGUGUGGGGAGUGACCAAACCAUUCACUACUGUUACUUAACUAGUUUGUGCAUCAUUUGGCACAAUCGCCGAUUGUCUUUUUUUUUAUCCCAUAAAUGUUCUUUUAACUUAUUUUUAAGGGGUUUCUUCAGAAACUCUUUACCCGAUAAAGGUUUUUUUGUUGAUCUACGAUGUUGAUGAUGGUUUAGAGGCCGUGUGGAGGCGUGGGAUCGCUUUCACGUUGGGAAUGCCACGCGGACAAACACUAUAUAUAUCACUCUGUUUUCAUUGUGCGUUUGGUGGAAUGUCACCUGCGGACCCGAAUCUGGCCUUUAGACAUCCUAAGCAACAAACACCUGACGAACCAAUGUUUACACGAAUCAAAAAACGUCAGGAAAACUGGAACUGCAAAUAUCUUGCCAAUAACUGGAAAUUAUAUUGCAACGGUCUCGUUGGAUCAUUUAGAAUCGGGUUUGUUGUCAUCGGGGUUCACACGUCCACAAUAACAGGCGGUUUUAAACCAGGAGCGAAGCUUCCUCGGAGGGUGGGGUCCUGGAAGCUCGUGUGAAGGGAGCCCUCCGAGGAUGUGGAAUUUUUUUUUUGCACUUGGUGUUUUUAUUUUUUUUUAAUUUUGCGAAGUUGCAUUUAAUGAUUGUACUUUAUAUAAUCAGACCAUUUUUGCCUCGACCUUGUUUACACGCGUUUAAAAAGCCAUUGUGACAGAUGUAACCUUAGAGCACCCGGGUCUCAACAUCACCAGGUGAAUGUAAAUUAAAAAAAAAACACUCAUACCUGCCUUAAUCAGUUCAUAUAAUCACACUUAUCAAACUGAUGGACACUCAUUUCUUUGUUGAUAGGUUAAGAGCUAAGCAGACUGAAUUUAUUUUAGGGCCUCCGUUGUGUAAGUGAGGACUGUUUAACAUUCCUAUGCAUAUUCCAUUGGUGCUGCCAGACUAACUCGUAUAUGC